AAAGGCACAAGAUCCUUUUAAAGGGACCAGUAACCUAAGCUGGCUAAUUACUAAAGGCAUGCAGGAGUCCGUGCAUUCGCAAGCCCUUGUGGAAACACAUUACUGUGACUGGACCAGUUUACUGUGUGUGGCUUCCGAGAACCUGUGGCAGAGACUGAGGGGGUGCAGAGCAUAACAUGGCUAGAUUUUACCAAUGUCUGCGAGGCGACUCGAGUGAGAGUGUUCUCAUGGCCACAGGUUUAACAGAGAGCAAGAUGCAGGAGUCUGAAGGCCCCAGUGAUGAUGGCUCAGGAAAGAAGAAGUCAAAAUUCAAAUCCUUCAAGAAGCUAUUCGUUAAGAAGAAAAAAAAGGAGUUUAUUGUCAACACAGAGAGGAACAGUAUGAAGAUGAGCCAGUCAGCAGGUGAUGUUACAAUUCCAGAGUCCGUCAUCCCAGAGCUUGGGGAGAACGACCAAGGUGCUUACAAAAUUAUCAUGGGAACUAGAGCCCUGUCACACGACAGUAUCUUCAUCCCAGACACAUCUGUGCAGCAACCUGUUAAGCCUGUACGAGUGUUUUCCCAGGAGAGUGUCUCUGGACCUAUCAAAGCUUUACAGUUAAAGGUACAGCAAAACGUUAAAGUGGGACCACCCCCAACAUUGAUUCCAGCACCAAAGAUGGAUGAUGCUGGUGCUAGUUCUGAAGACGAUGGAUUACCUCAGAGUCCUCCACAAAGCUCCCCUCUUCAUGAAAUCUCAACACCGAGCUACUUAACCAAGUACUCUGACCCUUACAAGAAUCAUAGCUCCUUGACUUUAGGUGGGACAGGCAGCGAAGAAGAAGAGCAGAUUUCAUCAAGAUCUUCCUCCAGGCCCAACAGUCCCCUCUGCACCUACCUUCCAACAAGGUCAAGCUCAAGAUCUCGGAGUCCCACAUCACCACCAGUUUCGAUCUCUUCUUCUGACAGCUUUGUUGUGCCUGCCAUUGAUUUUAACUCUCCACCUAUGUUCUCCACUUGUCUUGAUAAUUCUGCAGCGAGACACAAACUCUCAGUGAAGCCACGCAAUCAACGAUCUUCCUCUAAACAAAGAAGGUCUUCUUCAAGAUUACUUUCUGACAGGCCGAGAGAUUUAAUGUACGAAGUACCUGAGUUAAAAGAAGAAAAUGAGCAAGAUAUCAACAACUAUAACCGUGUGAAGGCCGAUUCUGAAAUAAGUUUGAAAGAGAGAACAGAAAUUCCGUCAACGGUUCUCACUCGGGGACAACCUCUAACUGAACCUACGAUAAUUCAGUCAAGUGGCACAGAGGUGGUGGAUAAUUCAGAACAAGGAACUAGCGAACUUAUCCAGUUAGAUAUUGCUGCCUCAUCUUGUGCUUUGGAUAUCAAUGAUUAUCUGAAAACAAGCCGUGAACCUGCUGUUCUGGCGGAAACUGGAGGAGAUGUCAUUCUGAUGGAAUUUGACAUCGUGGAAGUGACUGCUUCACAAAUUCCUGUGUCAACAGGCACUGAGUCAACGACUGUAUGGUCUGAACAUCCAACUCCACUUGAUUUUAUGGAUCCAUUAAAGGAAAAAGAAGAAAUAAAUCUUUCAGAAUCUGAAGACAGGGCCACAGCAGUUGGCACACACGUUCCUUCUCUUGAUAUAUCCCUUGUUGGAGAGACUGUUUAUCCAACAAAUACAGAGGUUCAGACAGAUAAUUUGUCACUUAUCUCUGAGAAACCCCCUUCAGUUGUCCCUGUAGGUCCAGAAAUCACUGAGAUAGAAUUUGUGCAGGUAACUCCCGAUACAUUGUGCAAACAAAUCAAAAUAGAAGCAACAUCCAAAGAAUCUUUGCCUUCAAUCGAUCAAAGAGCAAUAGAGCCCACAGGAGAUGAAGAUAAGUCUGAUGAAGUGCCUGAAGAAUCCAGCAGUAUUGCAUCAACCUGUACUGAGGUAUAUUUACAACCUCCAGAAACUUCGGAAAUAUCUCAGGACACGCCCGUUUCAGAAACCAAUAGCAGACUGGAAAGUGCAGAAGCGACAGUAUUUAAGAAAGCAAACGUUCAAACUUUAGAAGACAGCACAAUAAGCCCACAGGCUUCAUUUAAGAAAAAUAGCCAGGGCUCCUUCAAAUUCUCAAUUUCCUCAGCAUGGACCAGGUCCAGACGAAGUGGCGUGAAGUGGAAUGAGGGUAAUCUGGCCGCGGAUUCAGACAGUUUGCACAACGCAUUCCCUCAGAAAACUAGCACGCUGCCUGGAAAAGAGAGGAAAGAGGAAGAAAUGUCCCUUUCUGAGCCUCCUGUGGUGAGGAUUGAUGUACAUAAACCAGAAAAAACUGAGGGAUCACAAGACAAAGUUGAUGAGGGAAGAGGAUUGUUUGGUGUUAAACUCCGCAGUACUUCCCAUUCUUUAAAAUACAAGGAGAGUUCACAUUCAGAUUAUAAACGUCACAGUGCUGAAGCCACUUUGGAAUCAGGCAGCUCAGCAUUGCAAACCAAGGUUGAAAAGACAGAUGUCAGGAAGUCGCCAGAAAUAACCCUUCGCAACACAUUAAAGGAUAAUGGGAAACUGAAGGCUAAAUCUUCCGAAAGUCUGUCUGUUAAGCCGCCCUUACCUAAAAAACCUGUCUUACAAAGUGUGAACACUACAAUGACAGCCUCGAGCAAACAAAUCAAGACAGCCAAAUCUAGUCAGGAAGUACUGAAAGACACAGAGAAAAAAUCAAAUGUCAGUAAAAUCUCAGAGCAAUCUGCUGAAGUUUUGCAAGAUGGCCAUUCUGAAGAAGAAAAAGGGCAACUUUUUGACAAACACCUCCAAGACAAUGGAUCAUCCAUUGAAGCUUCUUCUGUGCCAGCUUGGGUCACCAUGGCCAGGCAAAAGCAGAAGGGGUACCAGCAUUUCGGCAAGCAAGAUAAAAUGCCAGCCCAGGAAAUCAAAGCUACUGCCAAUGGUAAAGGAGUGGACAAGGAGACCGUAAAGUCAUCAACUGAACUCAAAAACAAUCAGCUCAAGCCGUUGUCUUGCAAGCCUCAAGAAUGCAAACUGGAGCUGAAGUCGAGUGUUGCAGAACCUCAACAGAAUGUUUCUCCAAUUCUCAGUCCUGUGCCAGUAAAUAAGCAUUCAUUGGCGUUGCCACAGAACACUAAUGACAAAGAUGGGAGAGAUCAACACAACAAAGAUAAAGCUUCUUCUUCAUCCAAUCAGCCAUCGUGGAUGGAACUUGCCAAGAAAAAGGCGAAAGCGUGGAGUGACAUGCCACAAAUAAUCAAGUAACUUCCACAUGGGACCUCCUAAGUCAUGCCUGGAAUCCUCAUAGUUGCUAGUUUUUGGACAAGCAAUAGACUGUCCAUAAUGUUGAUUGACAAUAAGUUAGAAUCCUGUGUUGAUGAAAUGUAGGUCAACUUCAUGUUCUGUCGUUUUUUUUCUCAGACAAAAAUAGGGUUUCGUCAGAUUGCUACAUCUAGUGUAUGACAGCACCAAAUUCUGGUGAACUGCUGAGAAUGCUGGUAAUCAGACAGUAAAUGCAGUGCAGAUGGCUGACUGAUUCCAAAACCAUAUGGUGUCUUGUCAUGAUUCGGAUCCACUUGUUUGGGUCAAUGUAGGAAAAAAGUGUCAAUUUUAUUUGUGGCCUGGUAGGCAACCAUAGGUAAAGCAUUGUUCUUGUUAAUAACCUGCUACAUUUGUUUAGGACACAGGAGGUGCUUUAUGAUAGAAUGCAAUGUAUGUCCAGGGAAACCAAAAGAGGGGAAGAAAGUUGACUCUUUCUCACAAAAAAACACUUUUCAACUACUUUUAGUUUGAAUUGAUCUGCAAGUGUUUUGCUGUCUUCGAAGAGUUCCGCAGCAUUUUAAAAAAAACAUUUUUUGGAUCAGGUGUAAAAAGUUAUAUUUGUAUGCUUGUAAUUUUAGCCUAACAUUUUGUAAUGAUUUAUCAUGCUGUAAUAUAAUUAUAUUAUUGUUAAAACAAAAUAUACAAUGACUCGGUAAAAUGUGGGAUUAUAUCUACAUAUAUAUAAUGGAUAUCAGAUAUGUGUAGUGAUAGAUAUAAUCGGCACUUGGGUUUGCAUAGCAUUUCAAAUUUUAGUUUUGGUAAUGGUUGUACUUGUUUCUGAUUCCAAUCAAAUCAGAACAUGUGGAAGUCUGUGUGUCUGUGUCUGUCUGUGUAUGUGUCUGUGUCUGUAUAUGUGUGUGUAUGCAUGUCUAUGUAUGUGUCUGUGUGUGCAUCUGCAUGCGCACUGUGCCAGGCUGAACUCUGAUUGGUAUUGAGGUAGUUUGUUAAAUCUACAAAGAAGCUGAUUUUUAUAUCAGCUCUUCAGUCUUUGAGCAGCUGCUGCUUUACUCAGCAGAGUUGCUUGAUGUCAGCACAUCCAAAUUGAAACAAUAUUUGGGUGUCUGGAUCAGUGGAAUCUUCAGCAGAUGGAGACAUAGGAAUUGCUGAAUGAGAAAAGCCAUCUAAGUUCAUCCUGAUCAUCACAGGACACAGUAAAAGAAUUAUCAAUUAAUGUUGAACAAACCCGGCCAUGCAGUGAGGUUAAAAUAGUAUCAGAGAUAAUGGGAACUGCAGAUGCUGGAGAAUUCCAAGAUAAUAAAAUGUGAGGCUGGAUGAACACAGCAGGCCAAGCAGCAUCUCAGGAGCACAAAAGCUGACGUUUCGGGCCUGGACCCUUCAUCAGAGAGGGGGAUGGGGAGAGGGAACUGGAAUAAAUAGGGAGAGAGGGGAAGGUGGACCGAAGAUGGAGAGUAAAGAAGAUAGGUGGAGAGAGUAUAGGUGGGGAGGUAGGGAGGGGAUAGGUCAGUCCAGGGAAGACGGACAGGUCAAGGAGGUGGGAUGGGGUUAGUAGGUAGAUGGGGGUGCGGCUUGG